UCUAUAUUAUUGAUUAAUUGAUCUUAUUCUUUACAGGCCACGGAGAAACAGAGCAAAACUGAGAGCUUCUUCAACAAUGGCGGACAAAGCUCAGUUCUUCAUCGAAACCCAACUCCCUCCCCACCAAAAACGUUACAGUUCCUCCGCUUUCCCUUCAGUUUUGUCUCCCAACCCAUCCGUGACUCCCUCUUCUCUCUCCGUUUUCACCGAAUCAAUCAAGACCCAGAAGCCGUUCCUCAACUCCCUGCUGCACAAAGCAGGAGCUGUGCUCUUCAGAGGGUUCCCUGUAGCCACGGCCAAGGACUUCAAUGACGUCGUCGAGGCGUUUGGCUUCGAGGAGUUGCCGUACGUGGGUGGGGCCGCACCACGGACAAACGUUGUGGGUCGGGUCUUCACUGCCAAUGAAUCGCCUCCAGAUCAGAAGAUUCCUUUUCAUCAUGAAAUGGCCCAGGUCCCGGAAUUCCCUUCAAAAUUGUUCUUCUUUUGUGAAGUAGAGCCAGGGAGUGGUGGAGAGACUCCUAUUGUUCUUAGUCACGUAGUGUAUGAGAGAAUGAAAGAGAGAUACCCGGAAUUUGUUAAUCAAUUGGAGAAGCAUGGGUUGAUUUAUACAAGGGUACUAGGAGAGGAUGAUGAUCCUUCAUCUCCCAUUGGCCGCGGUUGGAAAUCCACAUUCUUGACAACAGACACGAGCAUAGCUGAGGAAAGGGCUGCAAAGCUGAAUAUGAAAUUGGAAUGGAUUGAAGAUGGAGUGAAGACAAUAAUGGGUCCAAUCCCAGCCAUUAAAUAUGAUAAGUCAAGGCAACGCAAAAUUUGGUUCAAUAGCAUGGUGGCUGCUUAUACAGGAUGGGAAGAUGCGAGGAACGAUCCUGUGAAGGCAGUCACUUUUGGGGAUGGAAAACCACUGCCAGCUGAUAUCAUCUACGACUGUCUCAAAAUCCUCGAAGAGGAAAGCGUUGCCAUUCCUUGGAGGAAAGGAGAUGUUCUACUUAUAGAUAAUUGGGCUGUACUCCAUGCACGAAGGUCUUUUGACCCCCCUCGCCGUGUACUAGCUUCACUAUGUAAAUAGGUUGUGCAGUCAGUUGCUACUCCGCCCCUUGAUCUAUUAUUACAAUAAUGAUGCCAAGUUUCUGCAUUUAGAGACUGGCUGGAGGCUGCUGUCUUGCUGAACUCUAUUUUCUGUGUAGAAUAAAAUACAAGGUAGAAUGCAUAAAUAAUUAGCUAAAAUGUAUCAGCUUCAUGAUUGUACAAGAAAUCUAUUUAUAAUAACCUGAAACGAAGUGA